AUGGACGUUCAGUCACUCGAGUCCCGCUUUGAGGGCAUCUCAGUCAACGACGAGAACCACGAUCAAAACUCACACAAGUCAAAGGGCUCCAUCUCUAUCUCCAGCUUGGGCGCCGCGGCCGCAGCCAACCGAUUGAAGCUGCCAUUGCAGAAGCUGCCCGCCAACGCCACGAAGAACUCGUUGUACUCUGCCAAUGGUGCCAACACCGCCGCUACAAUCGCAAAAAUCACCCUUCCUUCCCAAGCAGCACAAAGGUCAUCCGACUCGGAGCCCCGCCGCUCAGAUCCCCAGUCUAUGCUAUCGUCAAUUCCCCAACAACCUUCCACACCUAGACAAUUCCACCUCGGCAUGUUUGAGAUUGGCAAACCUCUCGGCAAGGGCAAGUUUGGAAGAGUAUACCUGGCGCGAGAACGUUCUAGUGGCUUCGUCUGCGCGCUCAAGGUCCUACACAAGAUUGAGCUUCAGCAAGGAAAGGUCGAGAAGCAAGUCCGCCGAGAAAUCGAGAUCCAGUCGAAUCUUGCCCACCCCAACAUCCUCCGUCUCUUCGGCCACUUCCACGACAGCAAGCGCAUCUUCUUGAUUCUCGAAUUCGCCGGCAAAGGUGAGCUUUACAAGCACUUGCGCCGUGAACAGCGCUUCCCUGAAUGGAAGGCCGCCUCGUAUGUCGCCCAAAUGUGCGCUGCUCUUAAGUACCUGCAUAAGAAGCACGUUAUCCACCGCGACAUCAAGCCCGAANNAAACAUUCUGGUUGGCAUUCACGGCGAGAUCAAGAUUAGUGACUUUGGCUGGUCGGUGCACGCUCCUAACAACAGGAGAAACACCAUGUGUGGAACUCUCGACUACCUGCCCCCAGAGAUGUUGAAGCCUGGCAAGGACGAGAACUGGUACAACGAGAAGGUCGACUUGUGGAGUUUGGGUGUCCUAACGUACGAGUUCUUGGUGGGAGAAGCACCUUUUGAGGACACUCCUUCCAUGACACAAAAACGCAUCGCUCGUGGAGAAAUGACGAUACCUCCAUUUGUGAGUGCCGAAGCAAAAGACUUGAUCAAGAAGUUGCUUGUUCUAGACCCGGAAAAGAGAAUCCCAUUACACGAGGUGGAGCAACAUCCUUGGAUCAUCAAGCACUGUGUCAAGGGUGAGAGAGCAUAUAACAGAACCUCUGCCAGCAGCAACAGACAGCGCCCAAGCGAAUGA